AUGCCGCACGGCAUGGACCUGGCUCCCUUGGGAUCUGUGGUUGCAGAGCAAGGGAAGCGGCUCUCCCUCUCCGGGCAGGGAGGGCAGGGAGGGCACACGGCUGGCUUUUCCUCCAGCCACCCAGGGAGCUGCUACUUCAGGCAGGAGGAGGUUCGAGCGGGCGCGGCGAUCCCGGCACGGUUUAGCAAAGCAAACAGGGCCAAAGUGCCCGAGCUCAGAGCUGGGACGAGGAGGCGGCAGCUCAAUGUGCUGCGGGGCCGGCCAGCUGAGAACAACUGCCCGGGCGCAGUGUUUGCGUACGCCUUUCCCAAGGGCAUCGCCAUCUUCUUCAAAGAAAUCCAGGAUUUCUUUGGCACCUCCUAUAGUGAGAUCGCGUGGGUCUCCUCCAUCACGCUGGCCACGACGUACGGUGCAGGUCCUAUAAGCAGUAUUUUAGUAAACCGCUAUGGCAGCCGACCCGUGGUUAUGUUUGGAGGCCUGCUCUGUGGCAUAGGGAUGGUCUCAGCUGCCUUUUGCACCAGUAUCCUGCAGCUCUACAUCUGUGUGGGCUUCAUUACAGGAUUUGGCCUUGCUCUCAACCUCCAGCCAUCUGUGAUAAUCAUAGGAAAAUACUUUUUAAAAAGGAGACCCAUCGCAAAUGGCCUUGCUAUGGCAGGGAGUCCUGUGAUGCUUUGCACUCUGGCUCCUCUCAACCAGUUUCUUUUUGACAAUUUUGGCUGGCGGGGCAGCUUUCUAAUUCUUGGCGCAGUUUUAUUAAACUGCUGUGUGGCAGGAGCUCUCUUCAGGCCCAUUAAAGUGGCCAAAGAGUCAGUCAAGAAACAGAUGGAGGAAGAGAAAGAGGCUCCAAAAGAAGAGGUCACUAAGGUGUCCAUAGAAAUGAGCAAUCCCGCAUACACCCCUGCAGAGACCAAAACAGAAGAGGAAGAAAAAAAGGACUGUUGUGAAAAAAUCAAUCAGUACCUCGACUUUUCCCUCUUUAAGCACAGAGGGUUCUUGAUUUACCUGAUUGGAAACGUGCUCAUGUUCCUGGGGUUUUUUGCCCCCAUCGUUUUUCUGGCACCAUACGCAAAGCACAUCGGCAUUGAUGAAUAUUCAGCUGCUUUCCUCCUUUCGAUUCUUGCCAUCGUGGACAUGAUUGCCAGGCCUGCCACCGGCAUCAUCGCCAACAGCAAGUGGGUGAGGCCGAGGAUUCAGUAUUUUUUUAGCUUCUCCAUUGCCUUCAAUGGCGCCUGUCACCUGUUGUGCCCCUUGGCUUCAGGCUACACGGGACUUGUCAUUUACUCCAUCUUCUUCGGCCUGGCCUUCGGCAUGGUCUGUGCCAUGCUUUUCGAGACGCUCAUGGACCUGGUGGGAGCUGCCCGCUUCACCAGCGCCGUUGGCCUGGUCACCAUCGUGGAGUGUUGCACCAUCCUCCUCGGACCACCGAUUGGAGGAACUCUUAUUGAUACCUUUGGGGACUAUAAAUAUAUGUUCAUUAAAUGUGGAGCUGUGAUGGUCUUGGCAGGAACAUUCCUAUUCAUCAUGAAUUACUAUAAUUAUCGUAUGCUUGCCAAAGAGGAGAAGGAAAGAAAGGCAAAAGAAGAGGACCCUAAAAUUGUAAGGACAGAAAAUGAAGGAAGAAGUAACUGGAACAAAGAAACCCAACAGGAUGGGCCUGAGCUGGAACCUUUGAGAGAUGAACGAGAGGGACUGAAGAUGGAAGUGAAUGGCACAAAUGAAGUUUAAACCUGUUCUAAUGGACUGAGCAGGAAAUUACUUCUGAGUUGAUAAGCUGACUCUAGCUGUGAAAUCACACUAGGUUUUCAAAUUCUGCCUUAUGCUCUGCACGUGCAUCCUCCUCUUUGUCUUAGGAGAAGACUAGGACAGAAACAAGUCUAGUUGCUUAUACUGUGCUCAGACACACAGUGAGGUACCCAUUCACAUACCAAAGGU